AAACAUCAGCGUGUACAUUCCUAAUUGACGAUGGCAGACGGUAAGUCUGUCAAAGUUGGAACUCGAGUCGAGCUGACAGACAAAGGUCUGGUAGGAUCAGUGGCUUACGUCGGCACCACACUUUUCUCUAGCGGUAAGUGGAUUGGUGUCGUUCUGGAUGAAGAGAAAGGAAAGAACAAUGGAACAGUGCAGGGGAAGACAUAUUUUACAUGUGAACCAAAUCAUGGAAUAUUUGUGAGGCAGUCACAGAUUACAAUCUUGGAUGAAGGACCUGGACCAAAGACACCGGUGUCGACCCCUGCCAGCAAACUUCCAUCAACCUCCUCAGCAAAAAAAUCAGCACUCCGACCCCCAAGUUAUGCUGGCAAAAGAUUUCGACAGCGUUCUGAGAAUUUGGCAGAUUUAAGUGGGACCCCUAAGAAGGCCCCCAGUGUGCCCUCUGACCUUUCAAAAAUUGGUACUGGUAGUGGACUCUCAACCCCUAAAGGUCGAGGGUCAAUGUCAAGGUUACCAGGGCCAAAAACUGGACGUGAGAGCAGCAGUCGAGAGUCGACACCUAGUGAGGAGAAUCUGGCAGAAUCCCAAAGAGGCACUCCGAAGGGAAGUCAGAGAAAGACGGAUUCCAUCCCAGACCUGUCCUCCAUGACCCGGUCCCUGGACAGCUCACUGCUCAGCGCUGGACCCGAGAUGUCCAGUCUGCAACAACUACAGGAGAUGGAGGGUCUGAAAGCCGAGAUCAAAGAUCUCAAUGAGAAACUCGAGACACUGAAGAUAAAGAGGGCCGAGGAUAAAGCUAAACUGAAGGAGUUUGAGAAAGCCAAGAUUCAGCUGCAGCAGCUCCAAGAAUACAAAAGUAAGAUGCAGGAAACACAGAAAGAUUUACAACAGCAGCUCCAGGCAGCUAAAAAGGACGCAAAGGACAUUCAGGAGAAUUUUGAUCGUUAUAAAGACGAGAUGUCUGACCUUGCGGAGACUGUAGAAAUAGCGACACUAGAUAAAGAAAUGGCUGAGGAGAAGGCAGAAGGACUUCAACAGGAGGUGGACACACUUCGAGAGCGUGCCGAGGAGCUCGCCAUGGAUCUCGAGAUUCUCAAGAACGAGAUCAGCGAGAAAGGGACAUCAGGUGUAGCCUCAGAGUAUGAACUUAAACAGAAAGACCAACAGAUCGAGAGACUGAGAGAGGCCCUCGUUAAAAUGAGGGACUUGUCAAACCAAGAGAAACAGGAAGUGCAGAGAUUGACGAAAGCCAACGAGAAAUUUACCACGGAAAUAACAAAUCUGAAGAAAGACAAGGAGAGGUUCGCGGGAGAGGUGGAGCAACUGUCCCAGCAGAUGAUUGACCUUAAGGAACAGGUUGAUGCAGCUUUGGGGGCAGAGGAGAUGGUAGAGACUCUGACAGAAAGAAAUCUUGCUCUGGAGGAGAAGAUUCAGGAACUGGAGGAGGAAAAGACUGACCUGGAAGCCUUGCAUGACAUGAAUGAAGAGCUACAGGAAACAGCUAGAGAGGCAGAGUUAGAAUUACGCGAGGAGCUGGACUUAGCUACAGGGCGAGCCAAUGAGUUUAAAAGAAAACUUGAUGCCACAUCAGAAACAUUUGCUGACUACGAAGCCACCAUCAGCAAAUUUAGAGACUUGGUAUCCACACUGCAGGACACAAUUCGUGACAUGAGAAGUAGACAGGAAGAGACCGAACAAAAGUCUGAGGCCACUCCCACGAUAGAGGUCAUUGACUUCAAAACAAAGUUUGCUGAGUCUAAGGCAUAUGCCAAGACAAUAGAUAUGGAGCUAAGAAAACUGGAGGUACAACAGGCGAACAGACAUGUGGGGUUGUUACAGUCAUUCAUGGGGGAUAGCUUUAUGAACAGGGGAGGUGACCAUGAUGCAAUCCUAGUAUUACUCAUGAUUCCACGGAUCAUCAGUAAAGCGGAACUGUUAGCCUCUCAGGUCAAGGACAAGUUUGAGAUGACAGAAGAGGUUAACAGAGAAAGUGUGUUGAAGAAUCACGGGGCAGAGCAGUGCAGCUUCUCCAGAAAUCUUGUUCUCUUACUGAGUACACUACAGGGGAUAAUGAGGCAGUAUGACUAUGCACUGAAGACAUGCAGUGAGGAGCUACUGCUAAAGAUCGGAACUUUGCUCCCAGAAAUUAGUGCUCAUGAAACUUCAGUGGAUUACUUCAUUGAACUUCUCAGAAAAGAUCAGCUUGAUGAGACAAUUUCUCUGGAUUUGCUGGAAAAAUCCAUCAGCUACUUCCAGCAACUGCAUUCAGUGCAUCUGUCCCAAGAAAAAGUGGAUUGUACAGCUAUGAUGGCUGACCAAGUUAAGCUAGUACAGAGUGCCACAGAAUGUGUGUCUACAGACAUUGCACGACUCAAAGUUCUACUAAUGCCUGGGCAGGAAAAAGCUGAAAUAGCCAUUCUCUUCAAAGACCUUGAGAAUUGUAACAAUGAUACCAAGAUGUGUGCACGAAAAAUAAAGAGAAGACUCCCUCAAGGCGAUGGCUCUGCUACUCCACUGUCUUUUGGAAAAGAGGUUCAGGAUUUGAUACUGGAUUGCAGUAAAAAUAUCACCAUGGUAACAAAGACACUGCAUCUUCUGGCAGCUGGAGCCAUGCAACAGGCUGCUCUAAUGACCGGAGGAAAACUGGAGGACUACCAUGAUUACUUUAGUGAAUAUUGGAACUCUGAAGGCUUGAUGCCGAAAAAGAUGGAAGAAAUUGCAUUCCAGACGAGUGACAAAGUGUACGGCAAAGACGACGCUGGACCUUACGAAUGUCUUAGGAUGUCCUUUGGUAAAGUAGUGGGUACAAUGAAUAAGGUGGCAAAUGCUAUGGAGAAUGGAGAGUAUGACUUUGAUGGGACUCACGACAAAACGCCGGUGCCCCCUGUGGUGCUGAGAGCUAAAACUGUUAAAGCUCAGAUUGCUGAGAUGGAUCAGAUGAAACACAAAAUGGAGGCAAAGGAGGACAGUGUCAAGGAACUCAAACUCGAGAUCAAAAAGAAGCGAGAAGAGGUGAGCGAGAUGCAGGUCAGAAUCGGACUUCUGGAGAAGAAGUUGGAGAAUGCGACAAAAGACGGGGACAGCAAACUCGACAAGUUACAGAGAAAACAUGACGAGCUCCUGGCUCAGCUCCGAAAGAAAGAAAAGGAAUUUGAGGAGACAAUGGAUGCACUACAACAAGAUAUAGACACACUGGAACAAGAGAAAAUAGAACUCAAAGAGAGGCUGAAAAUCCUCUCCAAGAAAACACUCAUCGAGGGAAUCACUAGACAAGCUACACAACCAGCUUCUUCCCCCGGCUCACCAGUCCACUCAGGGGGAGGUUUUCCGAUACAGGACUCCCCCUACCUCAUCACACAGAUUGCAUCUCUGAGAGAGGCUUUGAAGUCGGUAAAGGAUGAGAAUAUUAGACUGAAGUCAGAUAAAAUGAAGGAGCAAAUGGCUAAAUUACCUCCUUUGAGAGUUCCCAAGAAAUCAGGUGGUUUGUCCAGCAGACCAGGAGUGACCUCUGUCGGUGAUUUACCUGAGGACACACCUGGGAGAGACCAGCUGACCAAUCUCCGCAAAGACACUGCCAAACUACUGGGGGAGGUGAAUAUGAUGUGUGCCUGUCCUAGAGUUAUUGACAUCACCAAACGAAAGCCAGGACAUGAGCCUCUGACUGAGACCAGUAACCCGACCCGAGAGUUGGUGGCCAGAACUGCCCGACUGACUUUAAUGGAGAAGAAAACUCAACAGCUACAAGUCCAGAUCACCAACCUCUUGGCUGCCAAUAGAACUGGGGGACAGGUCAGGACUGAUCUGUCAACAUUCCCCACCCCCGAGUUUGCUAGGAUGCUACACGAGAAAAGUGCUGAGAGUCAGUUGAUUGGGCGUAUAUCCAUACCUACAAAGUCAGGACAAGGGGAGAUAAUACCACUUAAUCUUCAGCCGACCCGAUUAAAAGAAAUCCACUCAGCCUUUGUUCACUGAUUUAGUUUGGGAUUAGGAUAAUUAAUUAUCUUUUUAGGUGUAGAGGCUGCAGAGGAAAUUCAGUCUGCUUGGUGGAUGUUUGUUGUGCAAUAUUCUUGAAAAUUUUCUUUCACUGACUGUUAAAAAUUCAAUGGAAUCACUUAAUAUAUGAUAUUGUGUAUUGUAUGGAUGGAAAUAUUUUCACUUUUUUCUUGCUUUGGAUGAAAUCAGAAAUUCAAGAAACAAUGAAUAAUUUAUGUUUAAAGGUUAUUUUAUACACAUUAAAAUGUAUUUAUAUUUGCAUAAGUAAAUAAAAAAAAAAAACUUUGAUUACACACCAAAGGAAAAUAAACAAUUGUAAAGCUCUAUACAGUAAUAGAGACACAAUUGCAGAAAAUAUGUCAAAUAUUGAAGUCCCCCCCCCCCCCCCAAUUAAGUUUAAAAAGUUUUAAAAAAUAAGAUAUACAGUUUUUUGAAUGUGUGCAGUAAGCAUAAUGAUGUAAUUCUUGAUUAAGCCUUUUUUGUUGACAAUUUGAAGAUGUUCUGUUUUCUCGAUUUUUAACUGUUUGGAUCUGUUCAAUUUUUUCAUACACAAAUCUUUAAAUUGGGAAGUAAAAAACACAGAUGUAUUGAAAUAUUUAAGCACUUCACAAUUUUCUGUAAAUGGACAAAUCCAAAACCUCACUGUAUUCAUUUGAGUAUAAAAUAAAGUUAUCCUGAAUGUACUGAUAGAGCUGAUGAACAAAUUUGUUAGCUAUCAUGUUUUGUGUUUCUUUAACACAUUGAAUUUGUGUUCUGAACAAAUUUGACUAGACACAAAGAUGUAAAAAAAACUUGUGUUUUGAGAUUUAUUUAAAAACAAAAUUUCUCAUUAAUCAUGUAUAUUGUACAAUGUAGGUGUCAAAAUAAAAAAAAAUUGUCAAAUGCUCAGAUUGAUAUGUAUGAAUUUGGAUUUUAAAAAUUGUUAAAAACAUCAGAUAUUUAAAUUUUGCUAUUUAAGAAGCCAGUCUCCUUAUUGCUGUCAAGUUUCGAAGAAAGUGCUAUGAAAUUUGAAGCAUUUCUGCACUUGAGUCUGUAUAUUUAUAAUAAGGAAAUCAGGGCUAAACUGAGUAAAUAUAAAAUUCUUUAUAAUUGUAUGAUGUAACGCUUAAUAAUAAUAAAUAGUGCUCUGUAAUAUUGUCUUCUUUGUGUAUUGUGGGUACUGUGAUGAGAAAAUUACAGUAAAACAAGCUUAUAGGGAACACACAAUGAAGUCAAGCUUACAGUAAAGUGAUUUUGCAAUCCCAAUGGUUUUAAAGUGUAUUGUGAACUUAAAAGAUUUAACGAAUUUGCUUAUUGCAUAUCAUUAUAGCUCAUCCCUGGCACUUUGCUACAAUCCUGUUUUUCUGUAUUGUAUGGAGUUAAAAUUUUAUAUUGUUAAUUUCCAGGGCUUGUGUUAUUUUAGUGUUAAAAUUUGCAUUCUAUUUGAAAAAUGCAUAUUAUAACAGGGAAGUUACGUUUGGCAUAAAUUAUGUUAGUGUUCUAAAAUUUCUGUAAGUAUAUAGCAAUCGUAUGUGUUUGUUCACAAAGGGGAAUCUCUCUCUCUCUCUCUCUCUACAAUGUAUAAAUAUUUAUAUUUGUAGCUAUAUGAAAAAAUACUGUAAAGUCCAUUAUUCGUGACAACUUUUUAUUGCAGUUUGUUAUUUUGAAAUCUAUUUGUUAUUUUGAAAUCUAUUUGUUUUUGGUGACUAAAGAAUACAUAAUGAAAUAAGUACAUGUAGUUCGGGCGAGAAAUAUUUGCAAAUAAAGCAAGGUUGCAAAAGUCA